ACUGCAAAUUUGCGAGAGCAAGAAUCCAUUCCUCUAAACCCCACAGCGAUUAGUGGCAAAUGCAGGCUAGGCUUCCAGUUGCUGGUUAAGUUCAUUGGCGAGAACAGAAAGCCAUUAACUUGCUAAUGAAUGGGCGAGGCCUUGUCGCCGGCUGUGGGGCGCUGCGCUGGGUGGGACCAGAGGCCCUGCGGUCCUCAACUGGAGGGACUUCCCAGCCCGGCCGCCUGAAUGUUCCAGGAGCGGUGACAGGAGCCAUGGGCGGCUGGAAGACGGAGUGCCUCUCUUCCAGGGUGAUUUUGAUCUUGGCCAUUUCCAAAGCAUUUGAACUGGAAUUAGUGGCUGGGUUGGGCCAUGAACUUGCACGUCCGUGGCAGGGAGACCUGGCCUUCAGAGACGACAGCCCUUGGUCCCAGGAGGAGCCUACAAUUCGUCAUCGGCCUUUCCAGCUUGUGCCACCCAUGAGAAUCCAGGACAGUAAGGAGCUCAACAAAACCUGCUGCCUGAAUGGGGGAACCUGCAUGCUGGGGUCCUUUUGUGCCUGCCCUCCCUCCUUCUACGGACGCAACUGUGAGCACGACAAGCGCAGAGAGAACUGCGGGUCUGUGCCCCACGGCACCUGGCUGCCCCGGAGGUGUUCCAUGUGCAAAUGCUGGCACGGCCGGCUGCGCUGCUUCCCUCAGACGUUCCUACCAGGUUGCGAUGGCCAUGUGAUGGAUGAGCACCUUGCGGCUUCCAGGGCUCCAGACUUAACACCAUCUGCGUGCACUGUUCUCACGUUGGCUGCCACCUGCCUCGCUAUACAGAGUCCAUAUUAA